AUGGUCUGGUUCGACUUGUGGCAUUACACAUGGCACCGAACCCUGCACACCAGCAGGUUCCUCUACCGGAACCUCCAUUCGUGGCACCACCGUCUCGUGGUUCCCUACUCCUUUGGAGCCUUGUACGGACACCCCGUCGAGAGCUUCGUCACUGACGCUGCCGGUGGCACGGGCGCCUUCCUGGUGUCCGACAUGUCGCCGAGGGCUUCCAUCUUCUUCUUCUCGCUCUGCACCGUCAAGGUCAUUGACAACCACUGUGGCCUGUCGCUGCUGCCCUGCUGGGAUCGCCUAAGCUUCUGGAACAACGCGGCAUAUCACGAUGUACACCACCGGCUGUGUGGCGGCAAGUACAACUACUCUCGGCUCUUCUUCGUGGUGUGGGACAGGAUGUUUGGGACGUACAUGCCCUUCGUCAUCGAGGACAGAGGAGGAGGAAUGCUCCAGGUCCGAGCACCUGGCCUUGACUACAGGAGAAUCAACAAGUAA